GACAUAUGAUCAUGACUUCAAGCGUUUUUAGAUACAGAUGAAUCUUAUAUUUUAUUUUUUCAUCUUGAAAAAAUCACAGACAGUCAGCAGAAAAUAUCAUGAAUUGGUACUUGUGAACUCAGAAGAGACACGCAGAUAAGGAUGGAUUCACCUGUCAUAGCUGAAAUUGAUGAAAAAAAAUCUAAACCAAAAUGCAUCUCUUCCAAGACUUGGGAGAGGUUUCAAGCCAUACAAAAAAGGACAGAUGAAGUGACAAAAAGGUCAACUGAGAAACGUAUAAAACAUCUGCAAAAGACGAUUCUUCAGAAUGUUACAGAUGAGUUGAGAUCUGAAGAAGAUAGAGCUGUUCUAAGAGAAUAUGAUGUACAGUUACCAACAGAAAGUAAACAACAACAACCAAAUACACUGUCAUCUGAUGAAAGCUCAGACAAGUUCAAAGAAGUUGAGAAAUAUUUAGGGGUUAAUAGUCAUCUACAGGAUGGAGUGUCCACAGAUGGUGCUCCAAAGUCCGGGCUUGAAAAGCAAAUUGAAGAUGCCAUAACAGCAGGAGAUAUGGUUAGAGCUGAGAGUCUUAGUGAUAAACUGGCAACUAGAGAUUUUGGUGUUAAAAUAUCAGAGGCAGUCACUGCGAGAGACUAUAUGAAGAGGAAAAAGGAUGAAGAUGAGAAGAUUAAAUCAAAGAAAAAGAAGAAAUUAAACUGGGGGUUUGAACAUAAGCAGAGGUGGGAGACAAAAAGUAACAUGUGAUCAUCUGUUGUGAAGAAAUUAUCUUAUUCUGAAAGGUUUUUCAGACACUCAAGAUUCACAAAAAGGAUAGAGUGAAACGGUUUUAUAGCUUAGGUGGAUCAGUUUAGAGAAUCAUUCUGGUGUUUAAGGUGUAUUCUGGUUCAAAAUGUAACACAAGGAUGAGACUGGAAUUAUUAAAAAAAAAAUUAUUGCAGAUUGAAUAUUUGAGGCCUCCGUGACUGAGUUGCCGACUUCAAAUCACUUGCCCCUGGAUAAUAUGGGUUCCAGCCUCACUCGGGGUGUUGAAUUCUUCAUAUGAGAAAGCCAUCAAGCUGGCUUAUGGAAGGUUGGUGUUUCUACUUAGGUGGCUGCUGGUGUGAUGAAAUGAUGUGCGGAGAGGCACCUAGAGUUGUCCUUCUCCAGCAAAAGUCGCCAUAUGAUCUAUCUAUGAUCUAUAGUUAUGUUGGUGUGAUGUUAAACCCAACAAAAAAACAGAUAGAAUUUUUUGUCUCAUACUACAGGCUUUGCAGCAGUUGUUCCAGAACUUGUGAACAAAUUCUCAGCAGGAUUACAUUCACAAAAAUUAGUGGGAGUACAUGUAUUAGCAUGAUACAUUAAGGAUUUCAGAAUCCAGGAUUCGGGCAGGAAACACAUGCUUGUAACAUGCUAAGCAUGCUGAUUCCAAUUUUUAGUGCAAAAAUUGGUCUCGGAUAUGCGGAGUUCAAGAUAAAUUUUACUAAUGUUUAACGUUUGUUACUCUUUGGCACAAAUGCAGACUGCAUUGGAAAUGGAUUGUUUGAUAUGUUUAAAAAUGAUAUAUAAUAUUUGAAACAAAUUUACUUUUUUUGUUUUUAAUCACACAGCAAUGCAUUUAAUGGAAGUAAACACAUUUACAUAAUAAACAAACUAUUGGUCUGUAUCGUUCUAGCCUGCCCGCUUAGCUCAGUAGGGAGAGCGUUGGUCUAUGGAUCGCGGGGUCUCGAGUUCAAUCCCCGGGCGGGGCGUAUGUUCUCCGUGACGAUUUGAUAAAAGACAUUGUGUCUGAAAUCAUUCGUUCUCCACCUCUGAUAAUUCAUGUGGGGAAGUUGGCAGUUACUUGCGGAGAACAGGUUUGUACUGGUACAGAAUCCAGGAACACUGGUUAGGUUAACUGCCUGUCAAUACUGUUGAAAAACGGCGUUAAACCAAAAAAAAAACAAAAAAACUAUCGUUCUGGAAAAAAACAUGUUUAAUAUAUAUAAAUAAAUCAUUGCUUUUAGUAGAACAGUCAAUAUUGAGGAGAACAGUAAACCAGGACUGGCUAUAUUUCUCCACAUGUAGACAAUAUGACUGUCCUGUGAAAAGCAGCGUGAUAUUUGUAUUAUUAUUUCAAAAACGAUAAAAAAAAAAUUAAGAAUGUGUAAAUGUUACAAAUUAAUGGAAAUUAAAAAUUCACUGAUGGCUUUUAAAGUAAUUUUCAAAUAAAAGAAUUGUCAAGAAUA